UGGGACAGAGGCACACCCAGGGGAAGAUGUGCCCAGGGCACUCAGCGCCCACAUCUCCUAGUCAAAGCUUUGCCUUGCCUCUGACCAGCCACCCAAGAACGGGUAUUCCCAGCAGGGGCGUCAUCUCCACCUUGACCGGGAGCAGGACAAGGAGAGCAGGCCCCACACCCGAAGGAGGGCUCAGCCUUGAGAUUAGGUUGGAGACACAACAAGGGGUGGGGACCCCGAGGGCGGGGGCGGGGCGGAGCAGGUUAGAUUAAAGAGCUCAGAGACCUGAGUCUUGAGCGGUGCAGUCCCGGACCUCUCCCCACUGUCUCCCCAUGGACCGCACCGUGGUGCUCAUCACCGGCUGUUCCUCCGGCAUCGGCCUGCACCUGGCCCUGCGUUUGGCGUCCGACCCCUCCCGGAGCUUCAAAGUGUAUGCCACGCUGCGGGACCUGAGGGCGCAGGGCCCGCUGUGGGAGGCAGCCCGGUCCCGAGGGUGCCCUCCUGGCUCCCUGGAGACGUUGCAGCUGGACGUGAGGGACGCGGAUUCUGUGGCCGCUGCCCGGGCACGCGUGACCGAGGGCCGCGUGGACGUGCUGGUGUGUAAUGCGGGGCGGGGUCUGCUCGGGCCUCUGGAGGUGCAUACGGCUGGCGCAGUGGGGUCCGUGCUGGACGUGAACGUGGCCGGGACCGUGCGGACACUGCAGGCCUUCCUGCCCGACAUGAAGCGCCGCCGCUCGGGACGCGUCCUGGUGACCGGGAGCAUGGGCGGCUUGAUGGGGCUGCCGUUCAACGCGGUUUACUGCGCCAGCAAGUUCGCGAUCGAAGGUCUGUGCGAGAGUCUGGCGGUUCUCCUGCCUCCCUUCGGGGUCCACGUGAGCCUCAUCGAGUGCGGCCCGGUGCGCACCGCCUUCCUGGAGAAGCUGGAGGGCGUCGCGGGCGGGGUGCUGGACGGCGCGGACGCCGAGACCCGCCACCUCUUCUCCCGCUACCAGCGCCAUCUGGAGCGGAUCUUCCGCGAGGCGGCGCAGGACCCGGAGGAGGUGACCGAGGUCUUCCUCGCCGCGCUGCGCGCCCCGCGGCCCGCGCUGCGCUACUUCAGCACCGAGAGCUUCCUGCCCCUGGCGCACCUGCGCCUGGCCGACCCCAGCGGCUGCAGCUACGUCGCCGCCAUGCACCGCGCGGUGUUCGCCGACGAGCCCGCGGAGGAGCCGACCGAUGCUGCCCCAGGCGGCCCCGCGCUCCGCGCUCCUCCCGCCGCCGCCGCCCCGCAAUAAAGGCUUGGUCCGCCGCUGUCUGC